AUGGAAGCCGUCGCACCCGGUGGGGGGUCCGAUCAGCAGAGGCAAAGCGCAGAUCGAGGUGUGAUAGCGGGUGUGGAGGUGAGCUGCGGCUUGAACGUCUGCAGCAACGGUGAGGAGGAAGGCCAGCGUAUCGGUGAAGACGACGCCGAUCAGGAGGACGUCGAUCAGGAGGACGUCGACCGGUACGCCAAGUCCUUCUACGAAAUCUACGACGACCACGGAGACACGCAGGACUGCCCGCGCGAGCUCCGCAGGUUCAUCAGAAGGGAACACAUGGACGUGAAGAUUAAGAUCAAAUGCUCCAGCCCGAGGAACCUGGGCAAGCGAGAUGUGCAGAGCGUCAUCGGUGAGGUGUUCGCGGGGGGGGAGGCAGUGGAGGAAGUGCCUGAUGGAGCGCCGGAUCAAGCGGCACUCUCGGGGGAGGAAGCGGGCCAAGCGGACGCAGAAACGUACUACCUCAGUUCUAACUUCAAAAAAUUUAACUACCCAAACCGAAACGUGUUGUGGCCAAACCCCCUGGUUUACAACCACCGACUGCAGCCGUUCCUCCUGGAGAGGAAGAAGGACGAAGACGACACCACCUUUGAUCGGAACAAAAAAAUUAUAGAAAUGAAUAAGAGGAGGCUACAGAAUUUGUGGUGUUACAGCUCCAGUUACGGAGUGGAGUGGAACACCCUGGAUGCUCUUUUUUUAAAUUUCAAAAAAGAGAAGGAGGAGCAUUUGAGCAAGUGGGAAGAAAAUAAAAACGGCAUCAUGCUGUACGCAUCAAGAGUGGCCAAGAGGAAGUUAAUAAAGAGUCGAAGAGAGUUGCUAGACAAGCUGGGCAUCGACUACUCCAGUAACGUUUAUGCCAGUUAUGAGGACACAGGGGAGCUGCACGAAGCGUAUAUGGAAGACGACCAGGAGGUCGAGUACAAUUUGCUGUUUCCCCGCCUAUACUUCUACUGGAAGGACCGGUACAUGCACUACUACGAAGACACCCUGUGCGACUACCUGAAGGGAGAAGUGGUGGACCUGCAGCUGCUGCGGGAACAGAACGAGCGCAACCUACAUUUGCCCGGGAAGAAAAUGAUGAGAGAGCACUCGUUCAGCUUAAGGCCGGUCAAGGGGUCCAAUCUGUACGUCACGAGAUAUGUGCCCAAGGGGCGGCGACGGGUUAGAACCGAUGCAGAUCAAUUUGACUUAACAGGCGUCGGGGAAAAUAUAUAUAACACGGUCCAGAAGGAGAAGUAGGUUGGAACAACUGCGCGUGUCGUUCAUAUCUGUGGCAUGUUCAGGGAAGACCUGCGCAGACAUUUUAUAUCCCAUCCCACUUAGGUAAGUUCCUCCAGCCACUGCGUUUAAUUCGAAGCGGUCCUGCCGAAUUGGAGAGUCCCCCCGGCCCACUAUACGUUGGCAACGCUCCUAUGUGCAGAAAUGUGCUGGAUGGUUACCAUGGCAAUUUGUUCCUUCUUUAUCACACGUACAGUGUGUGUGUGCUGGUGCCUAUGCAGACGGGUGUUUUUUCUGUUGUACCUAUCUGCACACGCAGGUGGGCCUCUUCCCUACCCCCCCUUCUCACACAAACGAGGCCCUUGCCAACGUCUUUGCAAAGUUCAUUUUUUUUUUUUUUUUGAAUUCCCAAACGGAGGGGAAGUUACCACAUGGAGAGAAAAAAUGACACCAAAGGGGUAAGAAUUGUAAAAAAAUGGCUAAACUGCU